CAAAUCUACCGAAGUAGUAUGGUUUUCUGUAUCUCUAAUAUCAGCCAUAUGAUCGGAAGUAUGUGGUGCGGUUUAACAUGGACUUAUUAAAAUAUCGAUAGAGUGAAAUCUUGAUUAUGGAUAAAACAUAUAUAAAUAGGCGGAAAAUAAAGGAAAAGGCCCUCUCAGACAUGGGUAAGCGGUCGUCCAUUGGAGCGGAGCUCCACCAUCUUGACGAGGACAAGGCCAUCACCACGGACCCUAGCGACCAAUCAAAACGACGCACUCUCAUGCUCAUCAAGAGAGACAACUCAUGGGGCUUUACUUUGCAGACAUACGGUAUCACUCACAAGAAGACAGGCGAUACAGAGAUCAUGACCUACGUGGACUACGUGGCAAUAGAUGGAGCAGCCUGGAUUGCAGGAAUGAGGAAAGGGGAUGUAAUCCUGUCCGUGAACGGAGACAAAGUUGGGGAACUGUCUCAUCAAAACCUAGUUGCUAAGAUACAGCAAGCUGGCAACAAGAUGAGAUUGGUGGUUCUGUUUGAAGAUUGCUGCAGGAAAGUGGACCUCCAUGAACGAUUCAUCAAACUCAAGAGUGUGUUGCGGUCCAAAUAUCUCGAACUGAAAGACAUAGAGCGACAGGAAGUUGAUCUACUUGAGAAGCACAGGGACAGUCUUGGUCUCAACCGGUUUGAGGCAUUACGUCAGAGUGUGCUCAGUCACCAGUCAAGCAGCAGUGACAGCUGGGACGCUUAUAGUCUGAUAUCCACACCUAAUGGGCUACAUUCCACCGGUCCAUUCGCACAUGGCUGGCCGUCAUCUACGUCCCUAAAAAGCUUUUCACUGGACACUGUAUCAGACAUAUUCCCUGAUGACUGUGAUUAUAUUGACUCAGACACGGACAGUGGAAGCUUGAGUCUUCCCCGAGGCGCGGAGUCGAGUAAAGCGUAUUCAUCAGACUCCAAUCUUGCUCGAAGAAGAGAUGCUUUUGAGAAAGGUGCUAUAGGGAAAAACGUUGUUGGAAUGACAAGACAGAAAGAGAUGCGGAUGUCUGAUAGUACUUUGUAUCGAAGGUCAAAAGGUAGCAUGGAUGAAAUACAUCAGCAUGUAAAAUUGAAAGGUUCUGAAGGAAGCAACCGUGCUAAAUUGGUGCUGAAGUCUGUAGAUAGUCUCCAAGAUGAUGUGUUUGUUGAAGAGACAAGUGAAAGUAGGGAAAGUAGAGCAUUGGUGCGCAGGAAUAGCAGUGUGCGGACUUUAAAAGAAAAUGAGGUAUUUUAUGCAGGAGAGAAUGGGAAUAUUAUAGUGCCAAAGAUAUGUAUCGAUGGUGAAGAGGUGUACACAAGAUUUGAAAAUAUUGACACUUCAGUGACUGUUAGUGGGGGUGUGGGCGAGGAACACGAUGAGUAUCCAGAGAAAAUCGUUGCCAUGGAAAUUGCAAAGGACAUGGCAUUGUUAGAGAAGCAGAACGCUGACAGUAGUAUAGUGUUUGAUGAAGACAUUCCAGAUGCGUUCACAAAAUCAUUAAGUGGCUCAAAUUCUCCAAAAGUGUCACCAAAAGGUUCACCUUUAUCCUCACCCAUGCCUUUUCAUAAUAACUCCACAAUUUCAAGUCUUCAUUCAUUCAAUUCUUUGGAAUAUGGUGCUAAUAAGAAUAAAAUUCCACUGAAACUGCAGAAUAAUAGUUUAAAUUUUUUGCCAAAGACAGAAAGAGCUCAACACAUUGGUAGCAGGCUUCCGUACAAUCAGUUGAAGAUGAGCAUUCCAGACAUUCGUGUGUCAUUCCAUGCAGAAAACUACGAGGUGAUUUACUUCAAUGAAAAAGAUGAAACAACAAAACUGUGAUGGAAAACUCAGUGCUUUGUUUCACGUCUAUUUGUUGAUGUAUAAAAACGAUGGAAUCAUUGUUACUGGUCUACGAGAGCCAUUGAUUGCAAGAUUAGUACUUUAUAAACAAACUAUUCUUU